GCGUCAUCAGAAAUCGACAGGAGUAUUUUUUGCUAGCUAGAUGGAUGGAAGCCGGUAAUAUGCGAAGAUGUUUUCUAGAAUGACGGCAGUCAAAUAGGAGGAGGAAUGAUGGACUUCGGGCCAGCAGAGCUGGUCGCAGGCCUCUGUCAUACUGACCAGCAGAAUCCCUUCCCUGUGUGGCAGAAUGGGCACAUCAGCCCCUGUUUUAACCAGCUUGUCCUCGGAGCCUUGCCUCAUGCGGGGAUGGCCAUUUUCAGUGCCUGCUACCUCAGCAUGGCGAGAUCCAGCCUUCUCCAGACGUCUCCUCCCUGUGGUUGGACACUCAGGUUGGUGUCCACUCUGCUGGCUGCGCUGCUCUUCACCGCAGAUGUCAUCCUGGUGAGCCUCCUCCAGCAGGCGGAUGUGUACCUGGAUGUCCUAGCUGACAGCUGUGCCAUCCUGGCCUGGCUGGUCCACUUCAGUGCCAUCGCAGUGCUCCAGAGGACUGCUUUCAGGAGAACCAGAGGACCUCCACUGCUGCUUCUGCUGGUUCUUCUGUCUGUCCCAAACCUGGUCGUCACCUUGAUGAUUAACUGUUUCAAUCAGGAAUAUUUGAACCUCAGAGAACCUCUUAAAUUGGCUCGUUUUGUGCUUGUCUCAGCCCGAACACUUCCCCUAUUAGUUUAUCUUCUGGCAUUUGCAUUUCCCUGUGUCAGUGAUGCUGGAUAUACUUUGUAUGUCAACGCUGUGGAUGGAUCCCCACUCAUCCCAGAGAGCACCCAGACGGAGACAGGUGAGAUGGUGGCCGAGGAUGGGAGCGGUUGCUUCUCUCGCCUCUUCUACCUGUGGUUGACCCCUCUGCUCAGACGAGGGCAGCGAGGGGAGCUGGACAGACCAGCUGAUGUUUAUCACCUCCCUCGGAAACUUCGGACUAGUGUGGUUUGUCGAUACUUCCACCAGUGCUGGGAAGCCUGCCGACGAGGGGCGGCAGUCAGUAACGGGCAGGAUCAGUGGCCCAGGCCGGUCAGCAGAAACCUCAUGAGUGGCACCUGGAGUUCACACUACCAGGAGGAACCACUGGAGCUGGAGGGAGAUGUAGGACUGCUGAGGGUGCUGCACAAGGCAUUUGGUUUGUGGUACUACAUCCUUGGUGUGCUAAAGGUGGUUGUCAACAUGCUGGGCUUUGCAGGUCCGCUGCUCCUCAGCAGUCUGGUGAACUUCAUGGAGGACGAGGGAGCUCCAGCCAGCACGGGUGCCUGGAUCGCUUUAGGGCUCUUUGCCACAGCUCUUCUCUCUUCCAUCCUCCGAAACAUAUUCGUCUUUGAGGUCUCCAAGGUGGCGCUGUCAGCACGCGCCACCCUUGUGUCGGCCAUCUAUGGCAAAGCCCUGCGGGUCAGUGGCAGCAGCCUGGCUGGCUCCACUCUUGGAGAGGUGGUGAACUUAAUGAGCACGGACACCGACCGGGUGGUCAACUUCUUCAGCAGUUUCCAUGAGCUUUGGAGCAUGCCCUUCCAGUUUAGCAUCACCCUGUACUUGCUGUACCUACAGGUGGGUGUGGCUUUCCUCGGAGGGCUGGGUGUGGCGCUGCUUCUGGUGCCGCUCAACAAGUUCCUCGCUGUCCGUAUCCUUAGCAACAAUAAACACAUGCUCAGGUACAAGGACAGUCGUGUGAAGUUAAUGACGGAGAUCCUCUUUGGUAUUCGCGUCAUCAAGUUCUACAACUGGGAGCCUCAUUUUUCUCAGAAGGUAGCCAACUAUCGUAAGCAAGAGCUGUCCCACCUCAAGGCCAUCAAGUACCUGGAUGCCAUGUGUGUUUACACCUGGGCUGCUUUGCCUGUCGUCACCUCCAUCCUCACCUUCGUCACGUAUGUGCUGCUGGGACACCAGCUGACUGCAGCCAAGGUGUUCACCACGCUGGCUCUGGUGGGUAUGUUGAUCACCCCACUCAACUCUUUCCCCUGGGUGCUCAACGGCAUCCUGGAGGCCAAAGUGUCUCUGGAGCGAAUCCAACGUUUCUUCAAACUGACCAACCAGGACCUGCAGGCCUACUACGCCCUGGUUUCUCCUGACGACAGCCAGACAUCGGUCCUGUUAAGCCAGGGGACAUUUUCCUGGCAGGGGCCCGAUGGUUUGAACCAGAACAAAGAGGGAGAAACUGAAACUGGAGCCGCUAAAGGGAGUCUGAUGCUGCAGAGUCUCAAUCUACAAGUGACCAAGGGCUCUCUGGUUGUUGUGGUGGGGAAGGUCGGCUGUGGGAAGAGUUCCUUACUGGCUGCUCUCACUGGAGAACUCAGCAGGCUGAGUGGAGUGGUAUAUGUUGCAGACAGAGAGGCGGGUUUCGGUCUGGCUUCUCAGGAGCCGUGGAUCCAGCACGCAUCAGUACGGAACAACAUCCUGUUUGGCAAAGACUACGAUCCCCCCUUCUACCAGGCUGUGAUCGAGGCCUGUGCUCUCUCAGACGACCUCAAUGUUUUGCCAAAUGGUGACAAAACAGAAGUAGGAGAGAACGGAGUGACGCUGAGUGGAGGACAGAAGGCUCGAGUGGCCCUCGCCAGAGCUGUUUACAUGGACAAAGACAUUUACCUCCUCGACGACCCGUUGGCAGCGGUUGAUGCCGACGUGGCCGAACACCUCAUGAAGAAAUGUAUCAUGGAGCUCCUCAGGGGAAAGACCAGAAUCCUUUGCACACACCGCAUAGAGUUUGUGGACAAAGCCGACAUGGUGGUCCUCAUGGAUAAUGGAACGAUCAUCAAGACAGGCACACCAGCAGAAAUCCUUCCUUUGGUCGAGGCAGUGCCAAAAAAACGGAAGAAUGAUCACAACAUGAAAGAGAAAGAUGGUGUGGAGCAGGAGGAAGAGGAGCCGGGCUCAUCACCUGACCGAUGUGUGGAUGAUGACCCCGACCUGUCGGUGGCGGAGCAGAAGCAGGUGGGCGGGCUGGCGUGGAGAGUUUACAAGACCUACUGGGUUUCUGUAGGCGGAGUGCUGGCUGCUUCCAUCCUGAUGUCUCUGCUCCUCAUGCAAGCCUCUAAGAAUGUUUCUGACUGGUGGCUCUCCCACUGGAUCUCAGAGCUGAAAAACAACAACUCAUCUAGAACAAAUGUUUCUUCCUCCAGUGCCUUCAGCUCACCUCACCUGCUACUCUUCUCACCUGGAGGGUUAAUGUCUCCUCUGUACUCCUCUCUGCAAACAUCCCCUUCAAGCAACUUGAGCUCAGAUGUCAAGUUUUACCUGACGGUGUACGGCUCCAUUGCCGCAGCCAACACCGUCUUCACCGCCCUUCGAGCCUUCCUCUUUGCCUAUGGAGCCAUCUGCGCUGCGACUGUCAUCCACAACAGACUUCUGGAGCGGGUCCUUAAGGCCACAGUGACCUUCUUUGACACCACCCCAAUGGGUCGCGUUCUGAAUCGUUUUUCUUCAGACCUGUACAGCGUGGAUGACAGCCUGCCGUUCAUCCUGAACAUCCUGCUGGCCAAUGUUUUCAGUCUGCUGGGCAUGCUGGUGGUGAUAAGCUAUGGCCUCCCUUGGGUCCUAGUGCCCCUGCUACCUCUGGCUCUGCUCUACCACCGCACACAGCACUUCUACCGACACACCUCUCGGGAGCUGAAGCGCCUGUGCAGCCUCACUCUGUCACCCGUCUACUCACACUUCUCUGAGACGCUGACUGGGCUGGGAACCAUCCGGGCCAGCGCUAGCUCUGCCAGGUUUGAGGAGGAGAGCGCCAGGCGUCUGGAGCAGAACCAACGCUGCCUUUUCCUUAGCAACGCCGCCAUGCAGUGGCUGGACAUCCGCCUGCAGCUGAUUGGUGUUGCUGUGGUGACGGGCCUCGGGGUGAUCGCUGUCAUCCAGCACCAGUAUAAAUCUGUUGAUCCCGGUCUGGUGGGUCUGUCCCUGUCCUACGCUCUGUCCAUCACAUCGCUGCUGUCUGGCCUCAUAUUCAGCUUCAGCCAGACUGAGAUGCAGCUGGUGAGCGUGGAGAGAACUGAGGAGUACUCCACCGGCCUUUCCACCGAGCCACAACACCAGAACACACAGCAGUUGUCUCCAACGUGGCCCGAGCAGGGCUGGUUGGAGUUCCGCGGUGUGGUUUUGGCCUACAGGGACGGUCUUCCCAACGCCCUGGACGGGGUGAGCCUGGUAGUGCGACCUGGGGAGAAAGUGGGUAUCGUGGGACGUACAGGCUCCGGCAAGUCCACCCUGUUCCUGGCCCUGUUCCGUAUGGUGGAGCUCAACCAGGGUCAGAUUCUCCUGGACGAGCUGGACAUCAGCACCGUGGGCCUGGCUCAGCUCAGGUCCAGGUUGGCCAUUAUCCCUCAGGACCCCUUUCUGUUCAGCGGAACCAUCAGGGAGAAUCUGGACCCAUGUGGACGCCACCUGGACCAGCAGCUGCUGGAUGUCCUGGACCAGUGCCACCUCAGAUCUGUGAUGGAUAGGAUGGGUGGUCUGAAUGCUGAGGUUGGGGAGAGAGGAAAAUCCUUCUCGGUGGGACAGAGACAGCUGCUGUGUCUGGCCAGAGCUCUGCUGACCCAGGCCAAGGUCCUGUGUAUUGAUGAAGCCACAGCCAGCGUGGAUCAGAAGACCGACAAACUGCUGCAGCAGACCAUCAGAGAGAAGUUUCAGGACAAGACUGUCCUCACUAUUGCUCACAGGAUCAACACCAUCAUGGACUGUGACCGGGUGCUGGUGAUGCAUGCUGGAAAGGCGGUGGAGUUUGACACCCCAGCUGCUCUCUGCCAAAGUGACCACUCCAUCUUCCACAGGCUGGUUGGUCAGAGAGGAGAGUGAGACGCUUAAUAAGACACUGGCAAGAGGGACCUUAUCAGAAAACGAAAGAUUUAUUUUUAUUUUUUUAUCCUGGAAAGGUUUGCUGAGAACUCACUGCCUGUUUCAGAACCGUCCCUUCAUACAUGUUUACGGCUUUUAUUGCACACAUUUAAAACAAAAUAGUUAAAAAGCUCUUCCACUGUUGGAGCACAGAAGCAGUAAUGCCAUGUCCAGGCUACACUUUUGUUAUUUUGUGCUGACAUUUAGUUUAUUUUAAUUGAUGACUUUAUGCUAAACCAGCAUUAAUAGAUUUUUUGCCUGCUUGAUCUUAUUUUUGGGGACAAUUUAUAACUAUGAAGCAAUACAGCUGCACUGCAUAUUGGUAAAUCAACAAAUCAUCAAAAAAUUUCAAAUGUAUUAUUACAAGUGGGUAACUUUCUCUCUCUCUCUCUCUCUCUCUCUCUGGACUCUUCUUACGGAAGAAAGAAUUUAAAAUGUGAAAAGGGUCAAAUAUUAAAAUGUAUACUCUCUGUGAGCUGCUAUCAAACAUUAGGGAACACCUUUGCUCCUGGUCUUUUUAUAUUUUAACCCUAAUUUAGGCGGUUAAGGAAUUUACAUUUACAUUUAUUAAUUUAGCUGGAUUCAAGGACACACAUUGGUGGAUGUGUCACGGGGGGUGGGGGGGAUUGAACCUGGGUCUCUCCCACCCCUCCACUAAACCCCAGACUGUGGAAUUAUAAUAACUGAGUAAGAAGUUAUGCAAGACCCUUAGCUUCAGUUGUAUAAAAUCUCUGAAUAUAUUCUCUUAAAUUAUGAAAUUUAUGUAGAAAAAAUAUCUGUGUACAGUUAAAUGAUAUGUCAGAUGUCACUGCAAGUUUAGGUGCCUCUUUCUGUAGUUGCAGUCAGGGAUGAAGCAAUAUCAGCCUGAGAUAACAGUCCAACGCCUGAAUGAGUGAUCUGUCGAUUAGUAAUCUGUUCUGUUCUCGACUUCUACGUUAAAGUGUGAGUUAAUGAUCAUUUUGUAAUCAUCAUAAAGUUUUCCUG